GGCGGGAGUUGUGAGGACGGUUGCAGCUAUGACCAGGUGGGCUCGGAAAGUCGCCGCUGCGGGCGGCAAGGCGCUGAAGUCCACGCCCUGGGAGGAGAUGGCGGCGGGGCCCGCGGAGGGCGGGCCGGAGAGGAAGAAUAAAAGGAAAAAAACGUACCAAAACGAAGAUGUCAAUGGGUUUGCGGCGUACCUGAAGCAGGCGGGGAACGGCCGGGGGCAGGAGGAGGAGGAGGCGGCGGCCGCCCUGAAGAAGGACCGUAGGCGGGAGGGCAGGAGGCUGAGGAGGCAGGAGGCAAGGAAAAACGCCAUGGUAUGUUUCCACUGCAGGGAACCUGGCCAUGGUGUUGCCGAUUGUCCAGCUGUACUGGAAAGUCAAGAUAUGGGUACAGGAAUCUGUUACCGGUGUGGAUCCACAGAGCAUGACAUUGGCAAAUGCAAGGCAAAGAUAGACCCAGCUGUUGGUGCGUUUCCAUAUGCAAAAUGUUUCAUCUGUGGUGAGAUGGGACAUCUAUCAAGGUCAUGUCCUGACAAUCCCAAAGGAUUGUAUGCCGAAGGUGGCUGCUGCAGACUUUGUGGCUCUGUCGAGCAUUACAGAAAAGACUGUCCGGAAAACCAGAACUUAGACCAGGUUACAGUUGGGCGAUGGGCCAAUGGAAUGAGUGCUGAUGAUGAAGAAACAACAGAAACAACUAAGCUACAGAAACCCAAAGUGAAAGUACUGAAAGUUAUUAAUUUUUGAAAGCCUCCUUUGGGUGCUAAACUGCAGUGGUUGUGCACUGCUUCACUUCAGUGAAGUGACUGCGUAGAGUGGAUUGCUGCUUCCUGAAAACCAAGCACAGCUGCUGCUGGGUCUGUAUCCCUGCUUUUUUCAGUUCAAUUCAGACUCAUCCAGCAGACUGAAAAUCUGGGAACAACAGAAAUGCAUCAAGAAGGAAAGCAUUUCUUCUGCUAAUUCUCUGAAGAGGGAAGUUGGUUUCCUCUGCUAACAUGCAGUGUAGUUGCAGUGAAAGCAUAGGGAUACGUGCAUUUUGUCACAGGGCUUUAUGACCACUUGAUUUAGGUGAUCAGUAGCAUUACCUUAAGGAUGUUGCUGUAUCGGAGACGAAUAUAAUUAUGCUGAUCUUAAGCCUCUCUUUCUUUGAAAGGGGUUGCAGGCAUUUUCUAAAUAUCAAUUGGAUUCUAGAUUGGUUUUGUUUCUUUGAAUGAUUUUGUGCAGUGUAUGUGCACACUUGAGCUGUCUGACAGCUAAGUUAUCAGGUAAAGCUACACCUUAUGUGACUUGAGCUUUCUAUCUGGAGAGCUUGGGGUACAAUUCCUGCUAUACAUGAUGGAUCAGGUAGUGUGUACGUGCGAUAAUCUGAUAGAUUAUGCAUGUUUAAUUACCUGAGUACUUCACCAGUAAGCCAAAUCAUGCUCUUUCUCAGAUACGCGUUAUGAAACUCACUUGAAAAAGAGAGAAAAUUAGAAUCGUGUGUUCAACCCCUGGCUCCAGACAGGACCUCCCAAAAUCCAAACCCCAUGUCAAUGAGAGCAUUGUCCAAAUGCUCCUUGAGCACUAGCAGCUUGGUGCUGUGCCCCCUGCCCUGGAGAGCCUGUGCCAGUAGCUGGAGAGCAAGGGAGCUUGCGUAGUUUACUUUUUAAGAGAAGCACCCAAAAAUCUUGAUCUUUAGUAUUUUGGCCCCUUGGGGUAUUGGAAGUAAACUUUCCCUUCUGUUACUUAGAUGUACUUACUUCAUA